GCUCCGCGUGAGGUGAGAAUGCAAACGCGCCUCGUCUCCCGUGGGAGUCGGGCGCACCCCCGUCCCGCCCCCUCCACUCGCAGGUCCGCUGUGGCGGUGGGAGGUGGGACUAGCUGGAGGCUGCGGACUGCGCCAAGCAGAUUUAUGGUCUGCAUUAUGCCUGGAGCCAGCAGCAGGCUUGCUCUUUUCUUCCUUGGCUAUUACGCUGCUGCCACUGCUCUGGAAGGCGUCGCCGGCAAGGACUGCGGGGCUGAUCAUCACCGAUACUAUGUGGCUGCUGUGUAUGAGCACCAGUCCAUCCUGAGUCCAGACCCCCUGGAGCUCACUAGCCGCCAGCAGGCCUUGGAGCUUAUGAACCAGAACCUGGACAUCUAUGAACAGCAAGUGCUGACCGCAGCCCAGAAGGGUGUGCAGAUUAUAGUGUUUCCAGAAGAUGGCAUUCAUGGGUUCAACUUUACAAGAACAUCUAUUUUCCCAUUUUUGGACUUCAUGCCAUCUCCCCAGCUGGUCAGGUGGAACCCGUGCCUGGAGCCCCACCGUUUUGCUGACACGGAGGUCCUCCAGCGUUUGAGUUGCAUGGCCAUCAAGGGAGAGAUGUUCUUGGUGGCCAAUCUAGGCACGAAACAGCCUUGUCUCAGCAGUGACCCAAGGUGCCCCCAUGACGGGUACUACCAGUUUAACACAAAUGUGGUGUUCAGUAGUAACGGCACCCUUGUUGACCGUUAUCGCAAACACAACCUCUACUUUGAGGCAGCUUUUGAUACCCCUCUUCAAGUGGAUCACAUCACCUUCGAUACCCCCUUUGCUGGCAAGUUUGGCGUCUUCACUUGCUUUGACAUCUUGUUCUUUGACCCUGCUGUCACACUCAUCAGAGACUUGGAAGUAAAGCACAUUGUGUACCCGACCGCCUGGAUGAACCAGCUCCCGCUUUUGGCAGCCAUUGAAAUUCAGAAAGGUUUUGCCAUGGCCUUUGGCGUCAAUGUUUUGGCAGCUAACAUCCAUCACCCAUCUCUGGGGAUGACAGGAAGUGGCAUACAUACCCCUCUAAAGUCCUUUUGGUACCACAACAUGGUAAGCCCCAAAGGUCAGCUUAUAAUUUCCCAGCUACCCCAAAAUCCGUCAUGUCUUGUUGGGACAGAGAAGGCAAAAGAUAAAAUGGACUCAUUCCACAGUAAGUUUUUAAAAAUGGUGUCAAGUGACCCGUAUUGUGAGAAGGAUGCACAGGAAGUCCAUUGUGAGGAAGCUUCAAAGUGGAACACGAACGGGCCUCCCCCGUUCCACUCAGAGAUGAUGUACGACAAUUUCACACUGGUCCCUGUGGAGGGAAAGGAAGGCCAUCUCCGAGUCUGUUCCAACAACCUCUGCUGCUACUUACUCUAUGAGAGGCCUGUCGUGUCCCAAGAGCUGUAUGCCCUGGGGGUCUUCAGUGGCCUCCACACAGUGCACGGCACGUACUCCAUUCAGGUCUGCGCCCUGGUCAAGUGUGGAGGACUUGGCUUCGACACGUGUGGCCAGGAGAUCACAGAGGCAACGGGGCUAUUUGACUUUUACCUGUGGGGGAACUUCAGCACUUCCUAUAUCUUCCCUUUGUUUCUGACCUCAGGGAUGACCCUGCAGACCCCUGACCAGCUGGGCUGGGAGAAUGAGCACUAUUUCCUUAGGAAGACUGGACUGUCAUCCGGUCUGGUAACUGCAGCUCUCUAUGGGCGGUUGUAUGAGAGGACCUAGGCCCAGAGUGAGGCCUGGGGGUAGAUGCUGGUCAUUGUGUGGACAACCCCGCCCUUUCACAGAGGACCACUGGGCCUGGAGGGGGGGAAGCCCACUCCUGGGGCAUACCACAUGGUUCCCUGAGGACUGCAGGAAGCCACGGAAGAGGCAGGUUCCCUCUUCCUCUUCAGUGUCAAUGACAGAUGUUUUCUGGUAUUUUCUGUUCCAUUUGUCUUUUUCAAGCCACUUCUGGCAAAUCUUUUAAGUACACAAUUGGUUUAAAAUAAAUAUGUCAGUUGAUACUUUA